CAAUGACUGGUGCAGGCAAAUCAGUCACAGUUUCACAUCCUGGGUGCCACAAAGCAUGCAGGGGGUGCCUCAGCCUCCCAAUGACACCACAGUAUUACACUUUACAUUCCAAACAAAUAUUGUAUUGACAAUAGAAGGACUGUUCCGGGGAUUCUGCCUCCUUGAGGUUUCUAUUUCGGUUGCUUGCAAAUCCAUCCAGUAAAUCAUGCUUCUGAACCACUUAUCCUUACUAGGGUUUUCAGGCAUGCUAGACCGUAUCCCAGCUGACUCUGGGCAAGGCAAAAAACACAAUAUUUUUUGACAUGGUCUUAACCAUCUGAAAAGAAAGAAUGAAAAAAGUACAGAAAAAUCUCAAGUUGUCAUGUAGCAAGGUGAGAAGGAAUGGAUUCUUGCACUUGACCUGAACAUUCUGGUAUACAAUACUGUAAAAUGUACUCAGCAUAAUGGCUCUUGCUUGAUAUACAAUGGAACAAAAUCCAGUCAAAAAAAAGUGUAACAUUCUAAAUUCUAGUAUGCUUAAGAUGAAAAUGUGAUUGCUAUUAUUGGUUGUUCACACAAAAAAGGAAAAUGACAACGCAAUGUUUUUAUUUUAAGGUUUAAUAGUAAUAUUUAAUAUAAUUUACAAAUUAUAUGUUCAAAAAGGAGACCAUAGUGUUUCUGUAAUAAUGAUAUAAAGACAAAAUUAUAACAAAAAAAAUGUUACUGGGCAGUACCAAAAUUUACUUCCAUUCGUGGCAGUAAGUAGUUCAGGGCUCAAGUCACUGAUAACUACCAUGCAAAUCUGUUACAGCAGAUGGCUUUGCUGUAAAACAGACAUGUCCAAAGUCCGGCCCCCGGGCCAAUUGCGGCCCGUGGACAAAUUUUUACCGGCCCGCGUCCUCUAUCAUGAAAUCAAUAAUAUGCGGCCCGCCAGCACUGUUGACCACAGUAUAAAAUACGUGUACAAAAAGCUAUUUUUCAUUUCACCAGAAGAUGGCAGUAGCCCUGUGGCCGCACUCUGGCCGCCGUGACCCUUGACCUUGCGUGAUCGUUUCAGCCCAGCCCAUUUCUAACAUGGCGUCUGUAAACAAAAAAAGGAAAGUUGACCGCGAGGGCCGCCGCUUCCAGGACAAGUGGAAAUUUGAGUAUUUUUUCACUGAAAUACGAAACAACUGUGUCUGCCUAAUUUGCCAAGAGACUGUGGCUGUUUUCAAGGAAUUCAACAUCAAGAGGCACUACCAGACGAAACAUGCUAGCUACGACAGGCUAACUGGGAACAAACGCGGUGAAAAAGUGAAGCAACUGGAAGCUGUUUUAACGGCACAGCAAAGCUUUUUCACAAGAGUCCGUGAGUCAAAUGAAAAUGCCACAAAGGCAAGCUACGAAGUGGCAACGCUGAUUGCAAAGCACUGCAAACCUUUCACUGAGGGUGAAUUUAUUAAAGACUAUGUAAUGAAAAUGGUUGAGAAAAUUUGUCCCGCGAAGAAGCAAGAGUUUGCCAAUAUUUGCCUGGCUCGUAAUACUGUGGUACGGAGAAUUGAAGACGUUUCAUUAGAUAUUAAGAGACAGUUAGAGGCAAAAGGAACUGAGUUUGACUUUUUCUCGUUAGCGUGCGAUGAAAGCACGGAUGCGUCCGACACGGCUCAGUUACUGAUCUUUUUAAGAGGAGUGGACAAUGACAUGAACGUGAGUGAAGAGCUUCUGGACCUCCAGAGUCUGAAGGGCCAAACAAGAGGAACGGAUUUAUUUGUUUCUGUUUGUUCCACCGUAGAUGACAUGAAACUACAGUGGAAUAAAGUCACCGGGAUUAUUACGGACGGCGCACCUGCCAUGGCUGGCGAGCGGAGUGGAUUAUCAAGCCUUGUCUGUAACAAAGUCAGCGAAGAAGGAGGCAGCGCUAUUAAACUCCACUGUAUUAUUCAUCAAGAAGUUCUCUGUGCCAAAUAUAUGAAAUAUGAUAAUGUUAUGAAACCGGUGAUAAAGACUAUUAAUUAUAUUCGCUCCAAAGCGCUGUGCCACCGCCAGUUUCAACAGUUUCUUCUCGACAUCCAGGCUGAAUACGGAGAUGUUUUGUAUCACACCGACGUAAGGUGGCUCAGUCGGGGGUCUGCGCUGCAGCGCUUCUUCUCUCUCAGGGAGGAAAUUGGACAAUUCUUGACUAAAAAGGGACAACCCAUGCCACAAUUAAAUGAUCCUGUUUGGCUGGCUGAUUUGGGAUUUUUAGUUGCCAUAACGCGACAUCUGAAUGCGCUGAACACAAGCCUUCAAGGGCAAAAUGCAGUGGUAAGCCAACUGUAUUCACACAUCAAAGCCUUUCGGACCAAGCUGCUACUUUUCCAAAGACACCUGUCACAGGCGCAGCCCAAUACCGCACAUUUCCCGUCGCUGCAGGAAAUUGUGACCAGUUUCCCACAGAUCAAUAUCAGUGCGCAAAUGACAAAGUAUGCAGCAGACAUCUCAUCUCUGGUUGAGGAGUUUCAGCAGCGCUUUCGGGACUUUGCAGCUAUUGAAAAGGAGAUCACGCUUUUUUCCUCUCCUUUCUCCGUGGACCCUGAUGACGCUCCAGACCACCUGCAACUGGAGCUCAUUGAGCUGCAGUGUGACGCCGAGCAUCGCAGUCGGCACCAACAGCUCCCUCUUGUCAACUUCUACCGCCAGCUGGAUGAAGGCAGGUUCCAAGCAAUUCGGACAUUUGCUAAGAAAAUGCUGAGCUUGUUUGGCUCCACAUACAUGUGCGAGAAGACAUUCUCCGUUAUGAACAUUAACAAGAGCCGCAUGAGGACCAGACUGAGUGACUCUCACCUGCGUGACGUCUUGCGCAUCAAAACCACUGCUCUUGAGCCAGACAUGGACUACAUAUACUGCAGUCAAGAUCCCAGUAUCACCCUUCACAUUAGUGCAGGCAAGACCUUUGUUAAGUCCUCUGAUUUGAAUAUGCAGUGAUCAUUGUUUUGUUUUCAGCACUUUUCCUACAGUGAGCAUAUAAUAGUGAAUAAUAUGUAAUGUUUCACAUGAACUUCGAUAUCCUUUAUAGUUUUCUUAAUUUUUUGUGGUUUGUGAUUUCGGUAAAAACCUAAAUGUAAAAAAAAAUGUAAAAGUAAAAGUAUGCCAUUUGUAAUUAAAUUUAAAAAAAUCCCAAAAAGUUAAUUUGUAUUUAAUGUUAAUGGUUCAAAGAAUGUCAGGCUAAAUAGUCGGCCCCCACACAUUUUCACCUUACCAAAUCUGGCCCUCUUUGCAAAAAGUUUGGACACCCCUGCUGUAAAAUGUAAAAGCACAAAAAAUAUUACACCGAUACACAAACGGUAACACAGAUUACUCACUUAUCAAGCACAAACACCACAGAAUUCAAAGUUAAAAACAAAUAUGAGAUUAGUAUACAGUGAAGAAAAUAAGUAUUUGAAUACCCUGCUGUAUUGCAAGUUCUCCCUAGAAAUCAUGGAAGGGUCUGAAAUUUUCACCGUAGGUGCAUGUCCAUUGUGAGAGAGAUAAUCUAAAAAGAAAAAUCCAGAAAUCACAAUGCAUGAUUUUUUAAUUUAUUUGUGUGAUAUAGCUGCAAAUAAGUAUUUGAACACCUGUCUAUCAGCUAAAAUUCUGACCCUCCAUGACCUGUUAGUCCGCCUUUAAAAGUCCACCUCCAUUGCAUGUAUAAUCCUGAAUCAGAUGCACCUGUGUGAGGUCAUUAGCUGCAUAAAGACACCUGUCCACCCCAUCCAAUCAGUAAGACUCAAACAUGUAACAUGGGCAAGACCAAAGAGCUGUCCACAGACACCAGAGACAAAUAUUUAUAACUCCACAAGGCUGGAAAGGGCUACGGAGAAAUUGCCAUGCAGCUUGGUGAAAAAAAGAUCCACUGUUGGCGCAAUCAUUAGAAAAUGGAAGAAGCUAAACAUGACGGUGAAUCUCAAUCAGAGUGGAGCCCCAUGCAAGAUAGCACCUUGUGGGGUCUCAAUGAUCCUUAGAAAGGUGAAGAAUCAGCCCAGGACUACACGACAGGACUUGGUCAAUGACCUGAAAAGAGCUGGGACCACCGUUUCCAAGGUGACUGUUGGUAAUACACUAAGACGUAAUGGUUUGAAAUCAUGCAUGGUACGGAAGGUUCCCCUGCUUAAACCAGCACACGUCAAAGCCCAUCUUAAGUUUGCCAAUGACCAUUUGGAUGAUACAGAGGAGUCAUGGGAGAACGUUUUGUGGUCAGAUGAGACCAAAAUGGAACUUUUUCAUCAUAAUUCCACUAACCGUGUCUGGAGGAAGAUGAAUGAUAAGUUCCAUCCCAAGAACACCAUCCCUACUGUGAAGCAUGGGGGUGAUAGCAUCAUACUUUUUUUCUGCACAUGGAACAGGACAACUGCACUGUAUUAGGGAGAGGAUAGCUGCGGCCAUGUAUUGUGAGAUUUUUGGGAACAACCUCUUUCCCUCAGUCUGAGCAUUGAAGAUGGACUGUGGCUGGGUCUUUCAACAUGACAAUGACCCAAAGCACACAGCCAGGAAAACCAAGGAGUGGCUCUGGAAGAAGGAUAUCAAGGUUCUGGCCUGGCCUAGCCAGUCUCCAGAACUAAACCCUAUAGAAAAUCUUUGUGGGGAGCUGAAACUCAUGUUUCUCAGCGAGAGCCCCUAAACCUGUCUGAUCUAGAGAAGAUCUGUGUGGGGGAGUGGGCCAAAAUCCCUCCUGCAGUAUGUGCAAACCUGGAGAACAACUACAGCAAAUGUCAGGUGUUCAAAUACUUAUUUGCAGUUGUAUCACACAAAUAAAUCAUUAAAAAAAAAAAUAAUCUAUUGUGAUUUCUGGAUCUUUCUUUUUUAGAUUAUCUCU